UGCAGACAGGCUGUCAUAGCUGCGAGUCCACCUGCACAUGGGCGUAACUUGAACCCGCCGGUCAACGCUAUCCACUCCUCUUCUGUAGCUUUAUUUAAGGUCACGCUGCUCCUUUACCGACAAACCUCCGCCCCUCUCUAAUCGACGGCAAUGGAGUCACCAGCCAGCGAAAUAGCCCUAGAAUUUCCCCCAUUCUUCCGAGUUUACAAAGACGGCCGCCUCGAACGCUUCCAGCUAUCCGACUACGUCCCCCCCGCCGUCGAUCCCGCCACUGGCGUUGAAUUCAAGGACGUCGUCAUCUCCCCGGAAACCGGACUCAAAGCUCGCCUAUUUCUGCCCAAAAUCAGCGGCUCCGAUCAGAGACUCCCGCUCGUCGUACACUUCCACGGCGGAGGCUUCUGCAUUGGAUCCGCUUUCGGCAACAUCAAUCUCAAGUAUCUCACCUCUCUCGCCUCCCAAGCCCGCUGCAUCGCCGUUUCUGUCGAGUACAGGCUUGCGCCGGAGCACCCAUUGCCGAUCGCACACGACGAUUCGUUUUCCGCGUUGCAGUGGGUCGCCGCCCAUUCUACUGGGCAGGGACCCGACCCGUGGCUGAACCGGUACGCGGACUUCGGGAGGGUUUUCUUGGCGGGCGAGAGCGCCGGUGCCAACCUGGCCCACCACGUGGCGGUCCGAACAGGCGCCUCGGGGCUGGGAGGCGUAAGGCUGCUUGGGCUGGUCGUGGCACAUCCAUUCUUCGCCGGCAAGGAGCCCGACAAAAUGAUGCUGUACCUGUACCCGGGAAGCAGCGGAUCGGACGACGACCCGAAGCUGAGCCCUAAUGCGGAUCCGGACCUGGGGAAAAUGGGCUGCUCCAGGGUGCUGGCCUGCGUGGCGGAAAAGGAUUGGCUGAAGCCGAGAGGGGUGGCCUACUGUGAGACAUUGAAGAAAAGUGGUUGGAAGGGUACAGUGGAGUUGAUUGAGAGCGAAGGAGAGGAUCACUGCUUCCAUGUCUUCAAUCCCAACUGUGAGAAGGCUGAGGCUUUGAUGCAAAAGCUGGUUUCCUUCGUAAAUCAAGAUUGAUUGAUUGAUUGAUGGAGACAUUUUGGAUGCUUGCUUGCCGUGCAGGGACCAAACUGCAAAAAGCAUUUUUAAAGGGGGGUGUACCGGACUUAUUGUUUUAAAUAAAUUACGCCGGAGGGUAUGAAAUUUAACUAAAUUAUAAAAUAUAUGUUUGCAUUUUUAAAGUUACAA